AUGUUGGUUAUUUCGUUUUCUUAUUUUGCCGUGCGUUCACCAGUGUUGACACAUUUCAUUAUGAGCUUGCCUAACCAAAAGAUAGAAUUGCCUUCCAUUAAAAGCAUUUUCAAUAUAAUAAAUGAAGACCAUAACUUUCAAAAACAAUCCCUCCCACAGGUACAACUACCACAUCUUCUGCCUUUACAACAACAACAACAACAAAAAGACGCAGGUUCUACUCACAGAUUUAGAAUAAAUGGGCAGAGGAAUAGUGCCAAUAAUAUUAAAAGUAUACAGUCCAUGUCUACCUCAUCGGCGGGGUCCAUUAGCCCCAACAUGAGCUAUACACACAUGAGCCCUACGCUCACAUCGCACCCAAUGCACAUGCAUCCACAUAUCCCCACGUGGAACACCGUCCAAAACAGUACUUCGACCACUGCUACCUCUAAUAAUACCACUAAUAACAGCAGCAGCAGUAGUCCCUACUUGCACCCUCGUUCCCAGUCACAACAGUUCGGGGGUAGUGGGACGCACACCCAGCGGUACACGGCAAACGUGGUCAUAAAUAACAACACGCCCGUUUCUAGACCCUCCUCAGGGAUGGUGCACAGUUUAAGUGGACCGCCAAGUUUUGCCAGAUCGGAUGAUUUGGCAAGCACAAACAGUGGGAACAGCAGUAGUGGGGAUAACAGAUCCACGAGUUACUCUCCUCGGUCGCAGAGGAUCAAGAAAUCUUCGAGCAAGAGGUCGAAUCUGCCAAGAGAAACAGUGCAGAUGUUGAAUAACUGGCUGCUGAACCACUUACAUGACCCGUACCCAACACCACAUGAGAAACUAGAGCUACUGAGACAGACUGGGUUGACUAAGAUACAACUCUCAAAUUGGUUCAUAAACGUAAGGAGGAGGAAAGUGUUUGUCGACCACCCGCAGUCAAUGUCGAAUGGAACUCAAUCAAACGUUAUUAGAAGGAAUAGCUCCUCUCCGAGAAAUUGA